AGAGGCUGUUUCACCAUAUAUGCUGCACGGCCAAUGCAGAUGACCAUAUAACGCCCUUUAAAUUCUCCAAACCUGUUAAGAAAAAGUUAAUUCCGGUCGUAGCUGUACUCCCUCUAGUCAGAACCAAUCUUUAUUUGGGCCAAUAUACGUGCAAAUAGAACAAUACAACUCUUUGAUAUAAGUAUUUUGCUUAUAGUUAGUGCUAUCUGGAAUCAUUGGGACGUCCCUACCAUGGAUCCUUAACUUAACCAUUUAAAAUUUCAACUUCAAUGGGGGUAACUUCAGAGUUGGGACGUCCCAAGGAUCCCCGAUAGCAAUGACCUUUGCUUAUCCACGCUGCCACGCAGGCACAGAGAAGAAGACCAAUAAUAGGUUAAGGUAAAGUAAAAGGGGCGGGUUCUAGGAAGCACCAGCAUACACGUAGCUGUUUACAAUGGACCUUCCACAUGGCUACCGAGCAAGUGUCCCAGUUCUCAUCUCCAUCUGUAGCAAAGCCAAGAGCUCGUGCAGCUCCCCACGCUGGGGACCCUCUCCUCUUUGAAGAUACCAGUUCUGCAGCGCCACCAAUGAACAAUCAGGGUUACUACACUACUGGAUACAACAUGGGAGGGGCUCCAGCUGGAGGACCAGGGGAUGCUGGGGUCAACAACCUGUUUGCUGACCCAAUGGCCAGUACAGCCAUGAUGUAUGGCUCUUCCCUGGCCAACCAGGGAAAGGAUAUUGUCAGCAAGGAGAUCAGCAGGUACGUGUCUGUGAACAAACUGAAGUAUUUCUUUGCCGUUGAUUCCAAAUAUGUAAUGAAGAAACUACUGCUCCUCAUGUUUCCAUACACACACCAGGACUGGGAAGUUCGUUACCACAGAGACACUCCUCUCACACCCAGGCAUGAUGUGAAUGCGCCCGACCUUUACAUACCGUCAAUGGCUUUCAUCACCUACAUUUUGCUAGCUGGGAUGGCCCUUGGCAUUCAGAAGAGGUUCAGUCCAGAGGUCCUUGGUCUGUGUGCCAGCACUGCUUUGGUGUGGGUUGUCAUAGAGGUCUUGGUUAUGUUGCUGAGUCUCUACCUUCUCUCUGUUCACUCUGACCUAUCCAUCUUUGACCUCGUUGCCUACAGUGGAUACAAAUAUGUGGGGAUGAUUUUCACAGUGCUGGGUGGUCUGCUGUUUGGCAGUGAUGGGUACUUCGUGGCUCUCACCUGGUCAUCGUGUGCCCUUAUGUUUUUCAUUGUCCACUCUCUCAAAAUGAAGAUUCUGUCGUCUCUCUCCCAUGACUCCAUGGGGGCUGGGGCGAGUGCCAAACCAAGACUCCGCCUGUACAUCACCGUGGCCACCGCAGUUUUUCAGCCAAUCAUUAUCUACUGGCUCACCUCACAUCUGGUCAGGUGACCUGGUAUGGGGUCUGACCCUGAGGUCCAUUGGUAUCAAGCUUUUAAAAAACACAUGUUGAUGCUUUCUACAAACUUCCUUCUUGUGAGUGUCACUGUUACCUGCCUUUCAGCUCAUCUGCCAGGGAAAACGGGAUAAUAGAUAUUGAGCUUUAUCUUGUGUUCAGCUUGUGGGUUAAAGCUUUAAAUGAACAUUUUAUUUUUGACUUUUGUAGGUGUGAGACUUUUGUAUGCAAGACAUCACUUGUCACAAUGGAAGGCUUUUAUGUUUUCCCACCAUGAGUGUUUUACAGACAGUCAUUUUUGGCCACCUUAUUUAUAGAGAAAGAAGGGCUUUGUAUUCAUGAAAUUGGAAGUUAUGAUAAAUGUUUCACGCCACACUCCAGUUCUUCCUCUAAAGUGUCCUGUUUAUGUUGUCCAUUUGGGUUUACCAGAAAUGUUGCAAUGUGGUUAAAUGGAAAAUGAUUGAGCUACUUGGAGGAUGUGCUACCAGUGCCCUCUCCAUUUUAGCCUUCCCUGUUAAUCCCUCCUUUUAUUAUUUAUCUAAACUUUGUGGAGCAUGAACAACAUUGUUAGCAUUUUUUAAAAAUAAAAUAGAAUUUUAACCAUG